GAGUAUCGCACCGCUAUCAUCUGUAGUAAAUUUGUGCGCGUUGGGUAGUUGCAGCUGGAAUAUUAUGCGGUUACCGAUUGCAUAUAUAUACGUAUAUACCUGUGAAACAACAACGAUGACCUUGCGAGUGCAAAGCCAAGUCGGAGUGAGAUUGAUAGUUUUAUGAUGACCGCACAUUAUAACGAAACGAUAGAUCAAAAACGAAGCAUAGGAGACCAACAGGAUCGAUUUCAUUUACCGAGGGUGACGGAUUAGCACCUAAAUUGUGUACAGAAGGGUGGUGACUUUGAUUAUGGAUAUCUUCGAAACACAUCGAUACGAUGAAAAUAAAUAUAUCGCGUCGGAAUCGAGUUCGCCGGAUGUACUUACAUCGACGGGUCGUUACGACUUUUCAUACACAUGUACGAGGAGAAGGGGAAUUCUGUUAGUUAAAGAACUUCGUAAUGGAAAGUAUCGCCAGUUGAGUCGGUAGUCGGCUGUAAAACGGUUAACCGUCUGACGUUCGAAUCGCGAGACUGUUACCUAAUUUUAUUUUCAUCGGCGACGAUAUGGCGGACGCGGUACAAUACAGAUUAGAAGAAAUAAAUAGACAUAACGGAAGAGAAUCCUGUUGGAUCGUUAUCGAGGGAAAAGUCUAUGACGUUACGAAAUACAUAGACCAGCAUCCAGGCGGCGAUGAAGCGAUUUUAGACGACGCGGGCACGAACGCUACGCAAGAUUUUAUCGAUGUCGGGCACUCCAGCGACGCCAGAGAAAUUCUGGAGACUUUGUUCAUCGGAUAUUUACACCCGGAUGACGAGGAAAAGAACAACUCGACGUCAUGGUUGAGAAUCGCCGCGUACGCUUCGGUUCCAGUAAUAUUACCCGGUACCCUGAUGCUCGCCUUCGUUUUACUGAGCAGAAAAAAAUAAGGCGAUCAGAAGACGGUCUUCGGAAGAAUUAAACAUAAAUUUCCAUCGACGAAUAAAUGUCCGUAGGCUGAUCAUUGCCAAUUAUCGACCAUCAAUUUUUCAUGGGAAAAUACGGAUUUUAAAACGUUUUUCUUACCCUCGGUUACCUCGCGAAGAGAGUAUUGAAAAUUGAACGAUUCAAGGGGAGAGAGAAAGAUAUCGAAGAAUCGCGUAUCUUUCGAUUUCCAUUGUAUCUAUAUUUAAUGGAAAGUUUGGAAGUUUGAAGAUACUCAAAUGAGGCAUGUUCGGCGUUGAAAAUAAUCGACUUCGUGAAAGUAGGAGCAGGAUUGAUGAGAGCCCAUUGGGAUCAACGGGGGCUGAAUUUAUCUGCAAAGUUUGAACAAUGCCUGAGGAUCUGCUUUUCAGCCGCAGGUAGAAAUUAGAUUGAAAAAUAAAUCCAUCAUACUUACAGAGCUACGGCGAACUAAUGUGAGUUCCUUUUUCAACCUUGGAUAUAAAAAUGGCCGGUGAAUUAUUAAUUUCAACAAUAAUUCCUUGAAUGAGGUGUAUUUUUUUCGACGAAGAUCCUCGCUUCGCCGCUUAAAUUUUGUACGAUGCAAAAUAAAAAAACCUAUCAACUUUCAAAUUACCGACUCUAGAACUGGUGAGGAUGUAUUUGACUAUAAUAAAAAAAUAAAUGAAUAAAAAAAUCAA